UUGGUCUCCACAGGCGUGGAGAGAGAGAGGGAGCUAGCUGCAGGAAACCCACGGCUAUCGCCUGCGCACAAUCAAGCAUGUUCAAGCAUGGUGAUAAAUAACCAGGGGCAAGAAAGGAAAUCCUCAACGCUUUCCAAGCCUCCAGGAUCGAAAUAUAUACAUUUCCCGCGAACCAGGAAAGAAAGUUGCUGGGAGCCAACCUUCUCGACUCAAGGGAACAUAAUUUCAGACCAUGGUGCCUGGCACCGCGUAUCGUACUGCCGCCGUACCCUCCUGACAAGUAACAUCUUGUACUCCGUACUCCGGUACCAGUUACCAACGACCCUGGACCCAGGCCUCUCCCAAAAUGGCCACCUGCAGGUCACUUCAACGCCUGGUGGGAACUCUUGGGAACUCUCCUCCCUGGUACUCGGUACUCUGCACAUCCACACCCUCCUGGACGGCGGCUGGAGGCGCAUAUCCUCGUUGCAGGAGCAUGCGGGAGUCCAAAGCCCUACAUGGACACAAGCAAAGCGCGAGAGCCAAUCAAUCGCCCCUGUUGCAGUCGCCAUCAGUGGCGCUGCUCUCCAAUCCCAUCUUGCCGCCGAGGCCUCCUCUGCUGAUGCCAUGCCAUGA